CUUGGCCUUCGCAUCAGAAACAUCUGAUCAGUGGUUUUCCCACAGUCUCACUACUGCCUCUCAAACCUUCUGUCCUGAAGCUAAAUGCUUUUUCCUAGUUUAGCUAAAACUGUGUCAAGAUUUCACAAGGCCUCACUUACAGGGACAGAUAAUGUAUUGGCAACACUUUAUACAGAGUCUGUUGUUGUAAUGCAGAAAAAGCAAAGUGAACUGCUGGUAGACAUUAAUCCCCCCUACCAAAUUAAUUGCUAUGAAAUACAAUUUUAUUCCAUUUACUUCCGUGCCCAAAUAUAUUUGGACAGAUGCCCUGCUUUGCUAUUGAAACAUGCAAAGCUAAUAAAAAAUACUAAAUUAUGCACUAAGAAUAUGCAGUUAGUAAAGCGGAUGCUAGCAUUGGUGUUUGAGGCAAGCUACAGUGAAGUGCUGGUACAGAAGGGAUACUGCCUGCUGUAGAUACUUUCUUUUCCAAAGCCUGAACAAAUAAAUGGAACUACCUGAGGAAGAAACCUCUUACUGAAGUUGGCCAUGAUAUUACACAGAACUUACUAGUAUUUUUUUAUGGCAAAUUGAAGGCUGUAUCUUCAUAGGAUAAGGUUUAAAUUGAGGUUCUAUGCAAUUAUUCUUUACAGGCUUGGUAACUUGAAGGACAGAUUGCGUGUUUCCCCAAAGUUAACUCCAAGGUGACUCCUCACUGCACAUGGACAGUGAUGAAGCUAGGUGGAUCAGCUUCUUGCUCUCUCAACUAUGGAAGGCCAGCUUUGUGCUAACUUGGAGAUUUCUGUGGAAAAACCUCAAGGAGCAAGUCCUCCAUCCUUCAUUGCUUUGCUGAAGGUAUACAGAGAACUCCUGGUCAGUAGAAUCCGAAACACGCAGUGUUUGAUUGACAACUUGAUUGAGAAUGACUACUUCUCCACUGAAGAUGCAGAGAUUGUCGUCCAAUUUCCAACUCAAGCAGAUAAGGUUCGCAAGAUUCUAGACUUGGUUCAAAGCAAGGGAGAAGAAGUUUCAGAAUAUUUCAUCUGUGUCCUGCAGAAAGUCACUGAUGCUUACUAUGAACUUCAGCCUUGGCUGGAUGAAAUAGGUUAUGAGCCUUCAGAGAGUAUUUGUAGUAAACCUGUGGUAAAUACAGAUCCAGUUAGCAGGUAUUGCCAGAAACUCAGAUAUGAACUGGGACGGGACUCCAAGUUUGUUAUGUCGUAUGCUCAGAGGGAAGAGAUGCUAUUGGAAGAAAUCUACUCCAACAGUAUUAUGGAGCUGGUCAGUUUUACCAAUGAGAGUCUAGGCCAAGUGCAUCAAUUAGAAGCCCUUUUUGAUGACACAGUUGGUCUAAUUAAUGAAGAUGGAGAGACUAUUUAUGUCUUCGGUGAUGCAGGAAUUGGAAAGUCCAUCUUGCUGCAAAAGAUACAAAGCCUUUGGGCCAGAAAAGAAUUGGACAUAGGGGCCAAAUUUUUCUUCCGUUUCCGAUGCAGGAUGUUCAGUUGCUUUAAGGAAGAUGAAGCCAUAUGUUUGAAAGACCUACUCUUCAAAUAUAAUUGCUACCCAGACCAGGAUCCCACAGAGGUGUUCCAUCACAUCUUGCAAUUCCCUCAUACAGUUCUUUUCACAUUUGAUGGCUUUGAUGAGAUAUAUUCCAGUUUUGAUCUCAGUGGCAUGCCCGAGAUGUGUUCACCCAGUGAAGCCGUCCACCCCCUGGUGCUGCUGGUAAGCCUUCUCAGAGGAAAGCUGCUUAAGGGAUCCAAGAAAGUUCUUACAGCGAGGACAGGAACUGAAAUCCAAAGAAACAUCAUUAGAAAGAAAGUGUUGCUUCGUGGUUUCUCCAGCAAUAACCUGAAGGACUACACUGCUAUGUUUUUCAAAGAUGAGGGGCAGCGAACACUGGUACUGAACCAGCUGGAAGCUAACCCCAAUCUCUGCAGUUUGUGUACAGUGCCUUUAUUUUGUUGGAUUAUUUUUAAAUGCUAUGAACACUUCCAUUCCAUGUUUGACAGCCACGAGCUUCCAGGCUGUUCUGUUACGUUGACAGAUGUGUUUUUGCUCAUGAUUGAAGUCCAUCUGAACCGGUCUGUGAAAACAAGUUUGCUGAAGAACAACACCAGGAGCCAAGCAGAGGUGUUCAAAUCACGAAAGGAAACUCUUCUGGCUUUGGGUAAAAUGGCAUACAAGGGGAUGGAGAACUCUUUCUUUAUCUUUGAACAGGAGGAGGUCUCAUCAGUGAACAUCUCUGAAGGAGAUUUGCAAUUGGGCUUUCUCAGGACAGUUAAAGGUUACAGUGGCUGUGACGAUCAGUUUACUUACGAGUUCUUGCACCUAACCCUUCAGUGUUUUUUCGCAGCUUUGUUCCUGGUUAUUGAAGAGAAAGUGAGUGCCAAGGAGUUACUUCGGUUUUUCAAUGAGUGCUCCUCCACUGAGACUGUCCAGCCUACUUGCCUUCGUAUUCCUUGGCUGAAGAAACAACUAGCAGGGGAGGAUCCUUUCCGAAAUAAUGAACACUUUCAUUUUACCAACCUGUUUCUUUGUGGCCUGCUUUCUAGAUCCAAGCAGAAGCUCUUCAGACAUUUGGUUUUGCCUGCAGUCAUUAAGAGGAAGAGAAAGAUACUCAUCACAUACUUUGGGGAGAGCAUGAAAUCCCACCUGAAAGGCCUCACUCGGUCCAGGCUUCCACAGUACAAUCAGAUCCAGGUCCAACCCAACUUUGUUUGGAUGCUGAGGUGCCUCUACGAGACUCAGAGCGAGAAAGUGGGGAAGUUGGCUGCCAAACGCAUGCACGCCAAUUACAUCAAGCUCACAUACUGCAAUGCCUACUCUGCUGACUGCAGUGCUAUUUCCUUUGUUGUGCAUCACUUUCAAAAGCGCCUGGCUCUGGAUCUGGACAACAACAACAUCAAUGACUACGGAGUGAAACAGCUGCUGCCUUGUUUCAGCAAGCUUGCAGUGAUCAGGCUCAGUGUAAAUCAGGUUACAGAUCAUGGAGUAAGGAUCUUGUAUGAAGAACUCUCCAAGUACCAGAUUGUGUCUUUCUUGGGCUUAUACAACAAUCAAAUCACUGAUGUUGGAGCCAAAUACGUUGCAAAACUAAUUGAGGAGUGUUCAAGCCUUGAAUACGUGAAAAUAGGAGCGAACAAGAUAACCAGUGAAGGAGGGAAGUGCCUUGCCCAGGCCAUCCAGAAGAGCAAGACAAUGUUUGAAAUUGGGAUGUGGGGUAAUCAAGUUGGAGACGAAGGAGCAAAGGCAUUUGCAGAGGCCCUGAGGAACCACCCCAGGUUAACAAACGUAAGUCUUGCAUUCAAUGGCAUCACAACAGAAGGAGGCAAAAGCAUUGCUGAAGCUAUGCAACACAACAACUCUGUGGAAAUCUUCUGGUUGACUAAAAAUGAGUUGGAUGAUGAGGCAGCAAUGAGUUUUGCAGAGAUGCUGAAGGUCAACAAGAAACUGGUGCAUUUGUGGCUUAUCCAGAAUCAGAUUACAGCCAAAGGGGUGAAGUACCUCAGCGAAGCUCUCAAGGAGAACACAGCUAUUAAAGAAAUCUGUCUGAAUGGGAACCUCAUAAGCCAAGAAGAGGCCAAAGCUUUUGAAGAUGAAGAACGGAUCAUUUGCUUUUGAAUGAGGACUUCUCCAUGUCGACAAGCUUUGCGUUACAAAGGUUACUCCUACACUUGGGCUGCAGGGUUUAUAAAGGCAUAAAUCUGCAGUGCUCAUGGCAGGAGAGAGAUACACCAUUAGCUGCCUUUUUAUGGCUGUGCUGCACUCCCUCACCUCCAUCCUUUACCCUGCCUGUUAUUCUGAAUCCUUUUGGUGAGUGGGAAGCUGCUGGGUAAAUAAUUAAUGUCUGUAUGGUGCUUUGAAGGUGAAAUGCAAAGUGUUACCAGACCAAAUCCACUGGCAGGUGUAUGCAUUUUGGUAACUGAGGUUUAGGUUUAUUCUGUACACUGAUGUAUAUAUUCCCUAACUUAUUUAUAUAGAUAAAUAUAUACACACACAUAUAUAUAUGCAAAAAAGGGUGCAAAUGCACAAACUCCGUGAGCUCACAGUAUUAUCUGCUGCAUAACUGAAAAUGAACAGCUUUACUGGAAACAGAAUCUAUCUAUAAUGGUUGAAUGGUAUCAAUGUUUUCAACAUGAAUACCUGCUCCUGCCUAGAAAUUAGGCCUGUAUUUCCGCACUGACCUCAGACAGCAUGGUAGACACUGCUUAUUUUGGGGGAAGAAAUUGAUCCAUCAGGCUCAGAUUACUUUCAGUAGCCUUUUCUGUACUGAAG